AUGCCUCUUGUCUUCUUGUCAGUCCUAGACAAGCGACGAGGCUCUAGUCGUGUCGGUUUCUUGACCGUAUUUUUAAUGCUUUUAAUGCUUGUCUUGGUCACGCUGGGACUGCGUAGUCAUGACAGCAUGGCGGUUCUACGCUUUGGAUCUUCUCGUGGUGGAAAGCCGGGGCUUUCGGACCCAAAUGACCUGCGUCGGUGGAAGCCGCCAAAAGGAAGGAGAAUAGUCGCAUUGGUGUUUUAUGGUAGGAAAGAAAACGUUAGCAUCCUUGACUGUUAUCUGAAGAGAAACCUCAAACGCAAUGGUGGCAUCCUUGAUGAGGUUAUUUUUUCUGUCAAGACCGACAACACAGCAGACAUCGAGUACCUUGAUAGUAUUUUAGAUUACCCAGGGUAUAGAAAGUUUGUAGUGGACAAACAAUACCCAGGGUUUUCGGGCAGUUGGGAAUGCGUCAAUGAGCCUGAUACCAUUUAUAUCAAAAUCGACGAUGAUAUUGUUUUCAUCGAGGACACCGCUUUUGCGGCGGUGGCGAAGCGUUUGAUUGAAAACUCUCACAUGUUCGCUGUGUCUGCCAAUGUAGUCAAUAACCCUGCUUUGGCAUGGGUGCAUUAUCACAAGGGUCUAUACGAACCUUUUUGGCCAGAGCUUAGCAAACCAGUAAAUGAUGUUUCGGCUUCAUGGCGACCAUCAACUAUUCGGCCAUAUAAGGGUCCUGCUUCCGGCCCUUCGGAUUUUAGCCGGGAAGGAGAGACACCCGCACCAUAUAAUGGCCAUCGUUGGCGUCCCGUGUCAUACUCAAAAGCCGAGCCGUAUGAUAUAAUGCUAACCCCAGCCUCGACUCUUACGUACGAUGCAUUCGGCCCAUCUCUCAACAAUUGGGCCGCCGCGGCACAGACACAUUACUCUUUCUUGACUCAUCUUGAGAGGAAUGAUAUAUGGAGAUACCACUUCGACAUUUGGGACUAUAUGUAUGAGAGAGUUUCCAUCAAUUUCUUCGGUAUGAGGGGUCAGGAUAUCAUGGACGUCUUCCCCAUGCCUAACAGAGACGACGAAUUAUAUCUGACAAUAGAGCGGCCAAAAGAAUUAAAGAGGCAUGUCAUUGUCGAUGGAAUGGGUGUCGUGGUGCACUUUUCAUUUGGGCCACAAGCUCACGCACACGAUGACAGGGGUCUCAGCAUGACCGAUAUUCUUGACAGAUAUCGUGGCUAUGCUGAGGAAACGGGUUGUCCCACGGUGUGGGAUCAUCUAGAGUUUGAUCACAGAGAAGCGGCAGGGACGACACAGGACUGA